UAUUUUGCUCGUGGAUGCCAGCUGCCGUAAAGCCCCGAAGAAUUUUGCGCAGUGUCCCUUUAAGUGUUUGCAGGGCGGAAGUGACGCUGAUUCCCUACCGUGCAGCGCGUGAAGAUGGCGGGUGUUCUGGAGCGGAGCUUCAUUGAGAUUUGUGGAUUUGAAAGAGAAACUGUUUCCAGGUUUAGAGAGAUCACAAUAAAUCUCGGUGUUGGUGGUCACUCAAGUGGUGUAAAGCAUGCAGACAGUGCAGGUGGAUUCUCUUAUGAGGACAGUGGGAAACUCCUGUCUGUCACCAGCAACAGAUACAUACACUGGUCAACUUCGGGUGACACCGUUCAGUUUGUCGAGCAGUCGCUGGACACCAACCUUCUGAAUAAUGCCAUACGACUGUGUAUCCCACACUGCCCUCUGCUGCCAGGAGGAGUUCACAUUCAGGAGACACUUAACAACAUAUUGAUCCUGAUCGCCACAAGCCAAUCGGUCCAUCGGCUAGUUUUGCCGCACCCUACGCACAUGUACCACAGUGAUCUGGUCACUGAACUCCAGAUGCAGUCCAUCUUCACAGAUAUCGGAAAGCUAAACCUAAAGGAACCGGCCCACUGUUAUGUGCUCCCAUUCGCUCAAGGCUCACAGCCGACAGGCCCCUCCACUACGGCCGCUUGGAUCAGUCCUCAAGGGGAGGCACUUUUCGCUCUUGGCUUGCCUUUGGGUGGCAUUAUGAUCAUCACUUUACCUCCUCAUGAUCAAGAAGGGACUGUGUCUGUGAUGGAGCUGAAGCAGAGUUCAGUGAUACAGAGAAUAGCCGGCUGGAUGCCCACCGCCAUCAGGGGCGAUCAGAGUCCGUCUGAUCUCGCCAUCAGUCUGGUUGCUCACCAGCUAGAAGAUGACACCUUUGUGCUUGCCCUUUGUCAGGAUCAUAAGCUCAGGAUGUGGUCAUUUAAGCAUCAGAUGUGUCUCCUGGUGACUGAUAUGUUGGAGUACAUGCCCGUGGGCCGUGGGGAAAUGAAGAAUUCUCCAGGGCAGGCUCAUAAACUCCGACUCUGCUUCACCUCUGCAACUGGCCUGUGUCUCGCCGUUUACCUUGCUGUUCCCAAACGCAGCCAGUUCUGUGUGCUGCAGCUGGUGGCCAAUGAGAACAGCCAAUACAGCCUAGAUCACAUCUCCACACUGUUCUCAACACAGGAGACACUGGUGGAUUUUGUCUUGACAGCGACUGAUGUUUGGGGUCUUUGGCUAGAUGAUGACAAUCAGACCGUGGUGAAGUACAUCAGCUUUGAACAUAACAUGGCAGGCAUGUGGAACCAGGUGUUUGUCCAGCCCUCACCACCAGAGGAAGUUCACACUAGUGAAGAUCAAGACCCACGGGAAACGUAUUUGGAUAUUCUUUUUUCACCAGUACGCUUUUCAGCCGCUGCCAUUGUUAAAGCUUUACAGAUUUACAAGAGAGGAACUGAGCGACAUUUUGACUUAUCGUGGGAGGAGCUAAAGAAAGAAGUUGCGGUCACACUGGAGAAUGAGCUUCAGGCCAGUGUGACAGAGUACGAGUUCUCUCAGGAGGACUACCGUCUGCUGCAGGUAGACGUCUGGUCCAAGUUUUACGCAUGCUGUCUGCAGUAUCAAGAGGUUCUGUCCAACCCUCUCGCCCUACACGUCAGCCCAGCCACAGCCAUGGUCUGCAUCCUCAAGAAGGCAUUCGUGUCUUUCUUGUUUCCCUGUUUUGCUGUCGACCAUCUUUACCUAUCCUCGGAUGAAUACUUUCUUUCUGAAGAGGAGACGCCCAUUGCUGAGGAUUCUGAUAUGAGCCGUGACAUCCUGCUGCUGGUUCAGUGUCUGCGUCAGUUGAAUGCAUAUCUCAUGGAGGACAUGGCUUAUGAGAUGGAGAAAGCACUUGAGCACCUGCUCUCUCCAGAGAGAACCUCUGAGAAAAUCUUUGAGGCUCUGUUGGCCAGUGACACUGCAACAGGAAUUCAGGACAUUGCAAACAAACUGCUAGAUGUCCGUAACCCUAUCGGUGCCAUGAAUCUGCUGCUCAGAGAGCUGGACCUCGAGACAGACGCAGAGACUGAUAGUAGACCAACUACAGGUCAAUCUCUACGAGUGCGGAUCAGCCUGUCUCAGCUGUACGGCAGCAGCAUGGCUUCCAGUCUCAUCUGUCAAGGCGUCUGUCAGACCAGCAUGACCAGGAUGCUGCUGUGCAGAGACCUGCUCAUCCUCCAACAACUCUACCUGCAUCUGGGUGACACAAUAUUUCCUGCAGGUGGUUCUCAGUUGUUGCAGCUGCAGCAGGAGUUGAUUCCUCGAUGCUCUCAUUUGCUCUGCACUUAUCACCUCCUCAAACAGAUGAGCCUGACGCUGUCCUCGUCCGUCCCUCUGGACAUACUAAACACAGAUUUGCAGCAUCUGUCUGUUCUGGAGCUUUCAGACUCUACAGGCCCUGUAACCAUCAGAUCAGUGUUGAGUCCGCAGACUGUGCUGGAGUUGUUCUACCAGAAUGUGGCACGUAAAGUCAUCGUGUCUCAGAUCUUCUCUCAGCAGGACACGAUGGCCAAUGAGAGCGUGCUGCACUGGCCACAGAUGAUCUCAAGCGUUCUCACACUGCUCUGCCAGUUUCUCUGGCCGAGCAAUCCCAGCUUCUUGUUUCCUGAAUGCCUGAUGGGGAAUUGUCAGUACGCCCAACUACAGGAAUAUGUUCGAUUAAUUGAGCCCUGGUGCCAGGUGAAUGUGGGAUCCUGUCGCUUUGUUUUGGGUCAGUGUUAUCUGGCUAAUGGUGAGGGUCAGAAGGCAUUGCAGUGUUUCCAGGAAGCAGCGGCUGAGGUGGAAAAAGAAGAGUUUUUAAUGAAACUUGCGGGAUCAGAUGAUGAGACAGCCACCACCGCCCCGCGAUUACUCUAUUAUAACAAGGUUCUGAGGUUAUUGGAAGAUAUUGGUUUGCCAGAGCUUGUGAUUCAUUCAGCCACACUGGCCAUAUCUGAAGCUGUAAAUGAUGAGAGAAGUCAGGCUGCACUGUGGACUCGUAUAUUUAAACAUCAUCUGGAUCUGGGUCAUAACACUCAGGCAUAUGAAGCUCUGACCCAGAACCCGGAUCCUAGCAGGCAGUUGGACUGUCUCCGGCAGCUGGUGGUGGUUCUGUGUGAGCGUGCUCAGCUCAGAGAUCUCAUCCAGUUCUCCUUUGUUAAUUUACACGAUGAGGUGGUGGGGAUCAUCGAGUCUCGUGCAAGAGCGGUUGACCUCAUGACUCACAACUACUAUGAGCUGCUCUAUGCCUUUCACAUCAAUCGUCAUAACUAUAGGAAAGCGGGUACAGUUAUGUUUGAGUAUGGGAUGCGUCUGGGACGGGAGGUUCGUACUUUGCUUGGCCUGCAGAAACAGGUGAACUGUUACCUGGCAGCCCUCAGUUGUCUGAGGCUUGUUCGUCCGGACUAUGCUUGGAUUGUACAGCCCUCUUCUGGAGCAGUUGUGAGUAUUUAUCAUUAAUUCUUGGGCCUGAGCCUUA